AUGACCGUGCCUAAUUUUAGUAACCCUGCUAUUUCUAGCACCAGCACCAGUGCGUUCUCUAGUGCGGGCAGCAGGGCGAGAGCUGCUGCGAGUUCGGAUGCUGAGUCUGCGAGACUCGUGCGUCCACUGGGGGGAAGGAGGACAGAUGAACAGCUUCACCUUGCUCCCGCCUCUGCUACCGGCAAAUCUGCGACCCCGUCGGCUUCGGCUGCUUCGUCCUCUCUCGCGGCGGCUGCUGCGGCGGCCAUUGCGGAGUACAACGCGCUCGUGGAGCAGAGCGUCGCAGCAGCACCUGACAAAACACCUGAAGAAACGCCUGAGGAAACGCCUGAGGAAACACCUGGAGAGGCAAGGGCGCCCGUGCCUGCGUGCACGACGCACGACGGCGCAACAGGGCCAAUUCGUCCGCAUGUGCCCCUACCCCAGAAGGUACUAGCACGAACGGUGUCAGACCCUGGGGGUGGUACCCCUGCCAAAACACAGCAAGCCACUGAAACGGCUGUAGCGGCAGGUGGUGAGGGUGAGGGAGGCACGCGUAAUGAGGAAGGUGGGCAGGGUGGGAGUAAUGGUGGUGGUGGUGGUAACAGUGGUGGUGGGGGUCGCGGUAGUGGUAAUGGUGGGGCGCUGCUGAAGUGGCUGUCGUGGGGUAAGGCGAAGUUAGGCGGAAAGGGAAACUCUAAGCGGCGCAAGGGGAGGGAGGAGCAGCAAGGCAGCAGCGACGAAGCGAAGGGGCGGGCUGCGGAGGAGAUUAAUGGGCGGGAUCGUGGUAGUGAGGCGAGGGGCGGCGGCGGCGGCGGCGGCGGCGGCGGUGGUGGCGAUGCACGGGGAGGGGGGGGUGGAUGGGUAGGUUCUGGUAGUGGUGCUGUCGUCGUUGGUGGUGGUGGCGGUGGUGGUGGCGGUGGUGGUGGUACUGGUGAUGUUGGUGGUGCUGGUGAUGAUUCCUUCUCUGCCGCGAACUCUGCUUCAAGAGCUACUUUGGACACGUGGCUGCACGAGACCGAGGUGCAUGAGGAUGGGAAUGACGUGGAGGAUGCUGACGUGGAAGGAUUAGGUGAUGAUGAGGUGGAACAGAGGGUUGCUGAAUGGAGGGUUGUGCUGGUUGGGGAGGAGGAGGAGGAGGUGGAGAAGGAGAAAAAGGAAGGGGAGGAGAAAGGGAAGGAAGAGAGGGAGGAUGAUGAGAAAGAGGAGAAAGGGGAGGGAGAAGAAAUAGGGGAGGAGGAGGAGGAGGAGGAGGAGGAGGAGGAGGAGGAGGAGGAGGAGGAGGAGGAGGAGGAGGAGGAGGAGGAGGAGGAGGAGGAGGAGGAGGAGGAUGGGCAUGAAACGGAGAUGGAGGAUACCACCACCAGGGGUGCAGUCACGGAUAAAGCGGGUGAAAGGUGUUACUCUGCCGGCCAAGGUGAAGGGGGAGAUGGGGAGAAGGAAGGAGGAGAGAGCGCGAGAGAGAGGGAAGAGGAGGAGGUGGAGGGGAAGGGGGAGAGGAAAGCGGAUGGGAGAGGGGUAGAUGAGGGGGAGGAGGAGAGUGAGGGAGGGCAGAGAAGUGAUGUGGUGGGAAUGGGUUCAGAAGGGUUUCACUUUGACGUGACUUGCAAUCAGGCAGAGGAGGACGACGAGGGGAGCGUUGACGGUGUAACUGCCAGGACUGCUGGAAACGCCUUUGAAUCCAAGGCUCUACCAACCAGAGGCUUGAUUGGAGAGGAGGAGGGCGAGAAGGGAGAGGAGGAGAAAGAGGAGGAGGAAGAGGAGGAGGAAGAGGAGGAGGAGUUGAGGGAGAGGCAGCAGCAGGAGUGGCAGCGGCAGUGGCAGCUGCAGCAGCGGCGGAUAGGCUUAGUGGUGUCAGGCGGAGAGGAUACAGAAGGGGGUGAUAUUAACGGGGGGAGUGGCAACAGAGGGGGAGGCAGCAGAGGCAAAGGGCAGGGAGAUACUGCAAAGGGAACAAGACAAUCGGCACCCUCAUCCCCAGCACGAGACGACUCGUGCGUGUCGUUUGCGCAGUGGGUGCAUCUGCGCGGUUCCCCCUCCCGCGGUUCCCCCUCCCGCGCGUCCUCCGCCGCGCACAGCCCCGCGCCUGGGCUCCCCAUGCGCGCGUCCGCCGCUGGCGCACGCGCAGCAGCUGCUGCUGCAGCCGCGCGCGCAGCAGGCGCUGGCGCGUCUGGCAGGGGAGUGGGCGGAAACGGGGGGCGGAAUCGCGCAGGAGGAGCUACAGGAAGCGAUUCUAUUGGUUGGGAGAGCAGAGGAGGAGGGAGCGUGGGGGGAAGUGAGGAGGAAGGGAGUGUGUUUUUCGAGUCGACUCCAAGAUCAGCUCUUUUCUCGGAGAAUCAGGAGGAGGGGGUGGGGAAGGAGGGAGAAGAGGAGGCAACGAGCCUGCCUGUUGCAGCAGCAGUAGAGGGAACCUCACCACCACGAGCAGUUGCAGCAGCAGCAUCAACAGGAGAAUCCUCGGCUGCUGCAGCAGCGGCAGCAGUUGCAGCAGCAGCAGCAGCAACAGCCCCAGCAGCAGGAGAAUCCUCAGCUGCAGCAGCAGCAGCAGCAGCAGCAGCGGGGACGGCAGCAGCAGGAGGAGCAGCAGCAGCAUCGGUGCUGCUGGCGGCACUGAAGCAGACGGCAGCAGAGGAGCAGCGGAAGGGCACGGGUGUGAGCAGCAGCGUCUCGUUCCUCCCCCUCCGCGCCUCCUCCCCACUUGCGAGACCCAAGCAAUCCCAGGUGCAGGCGCAGACACAAACGCGGAUCCAGGCGGAAUCAGAGGUUGAAAAGCUUAGUACGGUGGUAACCAGCAACCAGAGGGAUUUUGGUAACGGUAACCAGAUUAGUGGUGGUAACCAGGGUAGUUGUGCUAAUCCGUUUGCUGAAAUGCCCUCCGUCCCCUCUACAAGCACCAACCCGUUCCUGUGCAGCAGCGACUCGUUUGGAGACGAGCCGGGCAAGGGCAGCAGUGGGGGAUACGGUGCUGGCUGCUUUGGCGAAGUGGGAAGCGAAGUUGCUGGUUACCCUGUUAUGCUACCUCACAUUGACACUCCUGGAAUCGUCAACACGAAUCCGUUCGCAGCAGCAGCUGCAGCAGAGGCCGAGGAGGAGCAUACGUGGCAGGCGCAACUGGGGCAGGUGCUACCUGGGCAGGUGGUAUCUGGGCAGGUCGUAUCUGGGCACGUCAUAUCUGGGCAGGUCGUAUCUGGGCAGGUCGUCUCUGGGCAGGUUUCGGGUGCUAGUGCAAACGUCAGCAGCAAGACUCUACCACCGUCCCUCUGGCCUGCAUACCCUGCGUCCCCAUCCUCCCCCUCUCCUGUGUCCCGCCCUUCCCAGUCCCCUCCCCCUGUCCCUUCCGCCGCCCCUUCCCCUGCCCCUGCCCCUGCCCCUGCCCCUACAGUUGCCCCUACUCCUGCCCCUCCUUCUGCCCCUGCCCUGGCCUUUGUCCCUGCCCCUCCUCCUGCCCCUUGCCCUGCUCCUGCCACUUCCCCCGCCCUCUCCUGUGCUACUGUCACUGCUCCCACUUCUAUUGGCGCUUCCUCUAUAGUCACAAUCGCAGUUUCAGCCGAUCCUAAGUUUCCUGCAGUUGCAGGUGUGGAGAGCGGUGCAGGGAAAGACGAGAGCACUUCAGAGUCGACUCACAGGGAAGGAGAGAGCAGGGCGACGAGUGAGGGGCAGCAGGGGACGGGCAGUGCAAGGGAAGACGAAAGGACUUUGGAGACGACUCAAACGGAAGGAGAGGGCAGGGCGAUGAAUGAGGGGCAGCAGGGGCCGGGCAGUGCAGGGAAGAAGCGAGUGCGGUUCAGAGCGGUGGGUGCAGAGGGGGAUGAGCCAGAGGAGGGUGGAAACCAAGCAAGGGAAGACGAUAAGGCCAUGGGAGGUUCGCCCAGUGGUAACCAGACAGGGGCAUGUAACCAGACGAAAGGUGGUAACCAUCAGAGGGCAGGUUCGCCUGGGCGGGUGGGGACUGCACCCCUGGGUCUAUCGCAGCACAUAUGCUGGGUGCCCGCUUCUAAAACUGCUGAUGCAGAUCGUGAGUCACCAGACCAGUCACUGGACCAGACACCGAACCAGACACCGAACCAGACGCCGGUCUUGGGUCAACGAGUUGGUCCGGAGCAGGGGCGUCCUGAUGCUGCUGCGGUGGGUGCCGUGGCCGGGCAGGUUGCUGGUCGUCAAGAGAAGGAAGGGGAGGGAGGGACGGCGGAUGGAGAGGUGAGAAAUGCCUUCAGCCCAAGUGGCAAUAGCAGCAGCGGCGGUGGCGGUGGCGGCGAUGGCAGCAGAAGGAGUGACAGCAGUGGGGUUCCGAAGCUGCUAGUGCCAUGCCCCCCUGUCACCCCUCGAAACAGCUCUCCCCGGAACAAGUCGGCGGGAGGGGCGGCAGCGGGAGCAGCAGCACGGGUAGCAGCAAAGGCAGCUAUGGCUGCUAGGGGUAUCACUGGUGGUACUGCAGUCAAGAGCGGUACCAGCUGUGUUUCAGUCGAAAGCAGUGGUGGGAAGGAGGAGGCAAGAGGAGGGAAGGGCGAUGGUGGUGGUGGUGGUGGGAGUUUGGAAAGAAGCAACAGCAGCAACAGCAAGGGCAGCAGUAGAGGUGGUAACCCUGUUACUGAGGCGAAUCAGGGCGCGUUUGGAGCUGCGAAUCUCGCUAAGGGAGGAAAUGACAAAGAGAGUGUUGUUGGCGAGGGGAGGGUUUUUUGGGAGGGGAGUGUGGUGGAGAAAGAAGAGAGAGUGGAUGUGGUGUGUGAAAGGGUGGGAGGAGCGGAGGGAGGAAAAUGGAAGGAUGAGGUAGGGGGUGGAGGAAAUAUGGAAAUAGUACCAACCGGGCCUGGAGAGAGAGUGGUGAAAAGUGGGGUGGUUAAGGUGGAGGAGGGAAAAUCGAAGGGGAAUUUACCCCGAACGCCAUCCCCCCCUGCAGGGCCAAAGCCCAGUUCGUGUGGUGGGAGAGGAGGGAGAGGUGGUGCAGUAACCGGUGCCGGAGCAAGAGCAGGAGCAGGAGGAGGAGCAGUGGGAGCCGGAGCAGGAGGAGGAGCAGGAGGAGGAGCAGGAGAAGCAGGGGGGCGGAGUGGGCGGCGAGGGAAAGAGAACAGUGGAGAAGCUACUAUGGGCCAAGAAGAGGAUUCCAGGCCUGGAGAUGGGCUUGGGGAAGAGGACGUGUCUUACAGUGGGAGUGAACUAGAGGGAGGAAGUGCAUCAGAGGGAGGGAGUCCUCUAAAGGGAGGGAUAGCAUUAGGAGGAGCAGUAGAAGGAGGGAGCUCGCCAGGAGGAGGAAGGCCCCGUGUUCCUUCCCCUCCCACUGGUCCCCGCCCGAAAUCCCCCCUGGGGCAGCUCAACGCACGGAGGAAAGUGGCUCGCUCGCUCACAGUCGCACUCAAUAAGAGCAUGUCUCUCCCAUCGCCCAAGGAGAGUGGCGGCGCCUCUGGUGGUUCUCCUGGCAGGCGGGCUUUGUCCCCUGCUGCGGGUAAGCGGGCGGCAUCGUCUGUCUCUGUCUGCUCUGCCAACUCCAUUGGCUCGAUUGUGUCUCCUCGCCCCUCCUCAGCUGCAGCUGCUGCUAGUGCUUCUACUGGUGCUACUGAUGCUGCAAGGAAGGCUGAGAGCGAAGGUGCAUUCACGUACAGUAUGGUUGACGAUGGUCUGGUUACCAGCAGCAGCAUCCGAAGCAGCGCAACCACUGCCAGCACAUGCACGACUAGGAAGAGGACUGCCGUGGCUGUGGGAGAGGAUUAUGCUGAUGGUGCCUGUGGAGGUGUGAGGGAUGGUAGCAGCGUGGUGAGUCCAGAGAAAGACAUGGAUGGAAGCAGGGCGGGCAUCAGUGAUGGUAGAGGCGAUAUCCAGAUGUGA